AACAUACCUACUGGAAAUAACUCAUUCACUUGCUAAGAAUAGAGAAGGAAAGCAUAAAAUGUGGAAGCAUAAAAAAAGAUAUAAAUAUGCUAACACGUACCAUAUAAGAUUAAAUACGAUGUAAAAUCUAACAUUAAGUUCUACAAGGUGUUUUCAUGAAUUUUUAUUUUCCUUAAAGAAGUCUAAAGAAGGGAUGAUUGAGAUACAAUUUUUUCCUGAAACAUGAUACAUGUUUACUACUUUCCUCAUUCCAUCUCAUAUCGAGGACGAUGUUUGUGGCAACAAGUAUCUACACUUAGCAGAAAAAUUCAUCGCGCAACAUCGAUAAGUUUUAAUUAGCCUAAUUGUGCAAGAAUAAUAAUAUAUUAAAAAUUGUCUUAAAAAUGGCAAAAAUCAGUGAAGACUUGUAUCUGGAACAUAUUCCAUCAGCAAUGUACAACAAAUUAAUUGACGAGUUAAAUAAAAAUUCAAGUUGGCAGGUGUUAGCUUGUCAUGUAGCCGAAGAAUUGGGAUACCAUCAGAAUUCGUGGUUGCAGUCCUUACAACGGAAUACUGAUGCUACAAAGACACCAGCUGAUAAUCUAUUGUUUGAAUUACAUAUUAAAAUGUGUACAGUUGGAAUAUUAUGCAUGUUGCUCAAGGAUUGUGAACUUGGUAAUGUUUUAUCGGUUUUACAUAAUCCAGAGCCAUCAGUAAUCAUCAAACAACCGUCUGAUGAUCUGGAACAUGAUACCCUAGAAAUAUCCUUUGGUCAACACCUUCAUCUUUCUUGCAAAGCUACAGGCAUACCAUCACCAAAUUAUCAAUGGUAUCACAAUAAUGUUGAGCUGCAAGGACAACAAAGUUGUGAGCUUGACAUCAUUAUAAAUAGCUGCGAUCAAGCUGGGGAAUAUAACUGCAAGAUAUUCCAAAUCGCCAAUGAUGAAAAAACAAUGAUCUCUGUAUUGUUAACGAGAUCAGUCUUUGUAACUCUAUCUCGUGUACCUGUAGUUAUACAACAGCAACCACCAGUUUUCUUAAAACUUAAGGAAAAUGAAGAUUUAAUAAUUAAAUGUAUAGCACAUGGUCAUCCCGAACCAUGUUAUCAAUGGUUCAGAGAUAAUACAAGGCUAGAAGGAGAAACAUCCAAUAUCUUACAUAUAAAGAAAUUCAGCUCCAAAUAUGAAGGAAAAUAUUAUUGUUACAUAAGUAACAAUGUAAAUGAAAUAAUUACUCACAGAUGUCAUGUAAUGAUUGAUCUUCCACGUGAAAAGGCAGUUGCAAAAAUAGCUUUGAUUAUUGCAAAUGACAAUUAUGAAAAUCAGACACGUCUCGAAACUCCAAAAAAUGAUGCUGCAAACAUUGGUAAUUUGUUGAAGGAGAUAGGUUUUAAAGUAAUCUGUCUUAUAAACUUGUCACUUGAACAGAUGAGGAAUGCCAUCAAGAUAUUUGGUGAUGUUUUAACAGAAGGAGUUUAUGGAUUGUUCUAUUAUGCUGGGCAUGGUUUUAAAAUGCAAGAAAGUUACAUGCUUGCGGUUGACGCACCUGGGUCUUAUUUAAGAACAGAUGCAAUUUGUGAGAGUGAAUUGUUAGCUGUAUUAUUGCAAAAUGAUCCUGCUCUUUUAGUAACGAUAUUGGAUAUGUGUCAAACUGUGCCACCAAAACAGUGUAAUCCUGAUAUUCAUAAUGAAAUACCAAAAAUCAAAGAAUAUAAGGGUAGAAAAAACUUACGAAAUUUAGUUCAAGCAUAUUCCACAUCUAGUUACCGGCCUAGUUAUGAAAGAACGAAUAGCAAAUACGGAUUGUACGCGCUGCAUUUGAGUAAAUAUAUCAAUAAAAAUAUUCCAGUCACAAAAGUAUUUGAAGAAGUAGGAAAAUCAAUAGAUAGAUUGUUGAAAGGAACAGAGCGCAAUCAAAUUCCAAUGUUUGCCUUAACCAUCACUAAACCUUUUCGUCUUACUGACGCAAUUUAUAAAAGGGAUCCAUCACCUGCAUUGAAUCGUUUUAAUAAACUCAUAGCUUUUUCAAAUAAAUCUUUGGAAAUAAGUUUCAAAAAAGCUAAUAUUUCCGCCAAAGUCGUUAUUUCGUUACUUAUGGAACCUUAUUUGAAUGUAAUCAAAGUUUCAGUAUAUAAUUUAGAAGGUCUGGAAAUCAGGUUUUUGAAUUCUAUAUCUACAAAACAAAAUAAUUUGUUCCAAGCUGCAGGUUCCAAACAGGAAUGUUGGAUACAUAAUCCACAAAUAUGUCAGGAAGGUUUGGUUAUAUCCCUUUUAAAAAAUGGAACUUGCAUUGGCGCAGUACUAUUGCCCAUUAAAGAUUAUAUUCCAUUAAUAUUAGAAAGUAUCAAUAACUAAUAUGUAGCACAGAAUAUAUAAACUUAAUAUUUAAUUAUAAACAAAAUGUAAUUUAUAUGUACAUAUAUAAAAACA